UGGAAAUGGCGUUAGAGUUGAGGUUCUGGCGAAGGUAGUAUCCAUCUCCUGGCAUAUUCCUGUUUUGAUCAAGCGCUUAUCUUCUGUAUGCUUUUCUGUGGUGACUCGAGACAUAAAUAGCCUCGAAUAUCCCAGCGAUCUAGUCCUGAUCAACAAUCAAUCAAUCAAGCCAUUGAUCCCUAGCACAACUCUACUCUCUCUCCAGAAUCCGCCGCCUUAUAUCCAAAAUGCAGUUCUCCCGUGUUCUUCUCUGCGUCGUCGCUCUCGUCGGCACUGCCAUUGCCCUUCCUACUCCUGAGGCUCCCACGGACGAUGUCUCUACUGCUGGCUACACCGGUGCCGGAGGCGUUGCAAUCCUGAACGGCGUUGAUCUUCCGGCUCAGAAGCGGGAUGAUGCGACUACCCAAGGCUACACUGGUGCCGGUGGUGUUUCUAUCCUGAAUGGCGUCGAGCUUCCCGCUGAGAAGCGCGAUGAUGCAACCACUCAGGGAUAUACUGGUGCUGGUGGUGUUGCUAUUCUUAACGGUGUUGAGCUUCCUGAGAGUAAGUAGAGUAGAUGGCUGGCUUGGUGUUUCAGGGUGUGGUCUUGUUUACGCAAUCUUGAUUUAACUAUGAUUUUUAUGAUCGCAUGAAGGAAUCUAGGAAAUCUCUUCAAAUGAUACCAUGGAAGGUGUGUAUAGAAGAAUGUAGAUCCAAGGAUAUAUAACCGCGCAUAGUGGUUUGAUAGUGAUUGUACUACUUACUUGGCGGUGUUAUGUAUCGAGGAUAAGCUAGCAUUUCUAUACACUAGUC